GCAGCACAUCGCUGCGGGAACGGCUGCUAUCAGGAGCUUUAUGUGGAUUGGGAGUGAAAGGCUAUGGACGAUUUAUGGACUGUUUACCCCUUCUUCCACUGUCAAACGGUGGUGGUCUACUUUUUUUUUUGCGCGUCUAUACCAAUCUUAAAUAAAUCCGACGGAUUUCAAUGUUUCUUUUUGCGUGCGCAAAUGAAGAUUUCGACUAAUAAGGAUUCUUUCUCACUGUUGUUUCUCUCGGAUGUGGCUCAUCUGUGGAACCAAUAAGAACAUUUUACAGCGUCAGACGCGUGUGCGGCUGGGGAGACCGGUGCGGGCACUCGGAAACUUGCGCGGAACAGGAGACGGUCUCUCUUUUUUUGGACUCGAAGCUGCCACGGCUUGAACAAAAAAAAAAGGAGAGCGCCAUGGUGAACUCACUAAUAUUGAUUCUCAGCUGGACAGUGGUCUCCGGGGUUGCCAGGGCUCAGAACGACACGGAACCGAUCGUUCUUGAGGGCAAAUGCCUGGUGGUGUGCGACUCAAACCCGGCCACAGAUUGGAGGGCUUCAUCCUCUCCUCUCGGCAUCUCCGUGCGCGCAGCCAACUCCAAGGUGGCCUUCUCUGCUGUCCGGAGCAACAACCACGAACCGUCAGAGAUGAGCAACAAAACGAGAAUAAUUUACUUCGAUCAGGUACUUGUGAAUAUAGGAAACUACUUCACAUUUGAAUCAGUUUUUCUGUCCCCAAGAAAAGGAGUAUACAGCUUUAACUUCCAUGUCAUUAAAGUGUAUCAGAGCCAAACCAUACAGGUGAACCUGAUGCUGAACGGGAAACCAGUCAUCUCUGCCUUUGCUGGUGACAAAGAUGUCACCCGUGAGGCCGCCACUAAUGGAGUUCUCCUUUACCUUGAAAAAGAGGACAAAGUCUACCUUAAGCUGGAGAAGGGAAACCUAGUCGGCGGAUGGCAGUACUCGACGUUCUCUGGCUUUCUGGUGUUCCCUCUGUAAAAAAAAAAAAAGAAGAAAAAAGAUGAUUAUGGAAAAAGACAAAGCUGGGCUUACGGACUUCUUCAUAAUGUGUCGUCACAGUAUAAUCAAAAACAUGCUGCUGCAUCUUUUGGAUUUUGCUCACUGGCCGAGAGAUGAAAAAGACAGAAGGAAAUGGAUCAAAACCUUGUGGAAGUAAGACUUUAGAGACUGUUCACAUGGAAAUGGACAGGGAUGAGUCCCUGUCCAUAUGAAAAAGACUUGAAAUGUUCUCUAUUGUUACCAUAUGUCCCUAUCACUAAAGCAACCCCAGAGAGGGAUACAUCCAAAAAAAAAAGUACAUCCCAAAAGUACCCUUCAAACUCUGACUUGUUGAAAUAUCCUUAUCUUUCUUGACAACUGUUGCAUCCAAUGACAUUUGGCUUUUGUGCGCAAAACUGUGUCUGUCUGAGUUCUGUGUGACCUGUCAUCAUCAGAGUAAACACACUCCUAUAUGCUGACCAUACCAUAACAGUUGGUACACCAUUUUGAUUGUUGUUGGAUUGUUGUACUGUUUGCAUUGCACAACAGGUUUAUCUCGGGAGUGGAAGUUUUCAAGUCCCGGCACGUAAACUACAACGACUUGUUUGACUGACCAGAAUAGUUCUAGCUGAAAUGAAGACAAGUCUCUUUUUACAAUAUUACACAAAUAUCCAAGAGUGUGUUGUCUUUUUUUUGUCGUUGUUCACUUUAAUGUUGACAAGAACGAGCAGUCUGCCUUAUUUUUUCAUGCUAGAAACAUCCAAAUUAUUUGGGUGUUCUUUUCCAGGCUGAGCAAUUUAAUUUAAUUUAUUAGUUUUUUUUGCCAUACAUUCCAAAAUACUCGCUGUAUAGUUUGUACAGUUAUUUGUUGUGUCUUUCUGCGGACUAUCCCACUUUGUGACACUGUCACUCUCAUUUUCUCUGACCAUGGCUGCUCAAUGACAGCUCACUCACCAGCUCCACGCCCACCAUUUUUUUCCAAAAAUGGGUAUCAUUUGGUGUGAGACUAGCAGCAAAACUAGAAAAUUAAAUCUGUCAAGCUCUCACACAUGCAUAUCAACUGUCCAUAAGUGAAUGAACCACAGAUUUAGCUCAGAUUUGUCAGCAAUGUGAAAAUUGAGAGCUUGGUAGCAUCUUGUGAUGCGGACCUUAACCCAUAAGAGCCCAGAUCCAUUUUUCCCUAAAGAAAAAUUAUAAGGGAUAGAAAACCGACCAAAUGAACUC